AUGGAUAAAUUGAUUGGUCAUUAUAGAUUUAAUAUGAAUCAUCUUAUUGGUAGGGGAGCUUAUGGCUCUGUUUUCAAAGGUAAAACCUAAUAAGGAUAACCAGUGGCAGUCAAAGUGAUAGACAAAAGAAUGAUUAAUAAAGAGAAUGAGAAACACUUAAAAAACGAAGUAGAAUCUAUGAGGACUUUAAAUCAUCCUAAUAUUGUGAAAUUUUUAGAUUAUUACGAAACACAAAAUAAUAUAUACAUCAUAUCCGAAUUUUGCGAUGGUGGAGACUUAAGAGAUUUGAUUAAAAGAGGUAAAUAAGAUGACAACUUAGUAAUAAGCAUAUUGUAGCAAAUAUUAAAUGGAUACCGAGAGUUGUAAAAUAAAUCUAUAAUCCAUAGAGAUUUAAAGCCAGCUAAUAUCUUAAUUCAUUAGAACGUUAUUAAAAUUGCAGAUUUUGGGUUUUCUAAACGAAUCAACUUUGAAAAUGAUCUAAUGAAUAGUGUAGCAGGAACUCCAUUGUAUAUGGCACCAUAAACAGUGCUAAGAUAGCCUUAUUCUUCUAAAUGUGAUAUUUGGUCUCUUGGGAUGAUUCUUUAUGAACUCAUUUUCCAAAAGCCCCCCAUUAAAGCCUAGAAUGUAUUAGAAUUACAAGAGUAAAUCAAAUUGCCAAUCGUAGUACCUAAAAUUGACAAUGCACUUCUCUAGGAUUUAAUAUAAAACGCAUCAAUUGGGAUGAAAUUUAUAAUCACGAGUUGCUUUGUAAAAAUGAUUAUUAUAUGCAAUAAAUACAAAAUAUCGAAGAGGAAAAGGGCUAAUAAUUGA